CGCGGCGGAACGCAGCGCGAGGCCUGCUUGGACUAUCAGUACGGAAAAAUACGUUCUCCAAACUAGAGAGGAGAGAUAACGUAUGUUCUUGCUUGCCGGGUCAAAGCGCGCGCGGAUACGUUUGACGUUCAGCCGAAUCGAGUUGGGAUCUUCGGGAAAGUUUGGAUCGCGAUCGACGGGGUUUAGUUUGGUUCUGUGCUCGAGUGGGGAACUCACAGUGCGGUGGGACACGUGAAUUUGGUGCUUUUGUGCGCAACACGUGACGCCAGCAGGUGCAUUUUGGACACUGGUUUUUGGCGGAACUAGCGCAGCAACAGCAGGUGUGUAAGUGGGUAGUGGUUCAAGGGUUUUGUGUGCGGAAGGUGACGUUGUGUCAAACGUACCAUUCAACAAGAAAAUACCUUGUUCGCCGAGGAAAGCGGAAGUUUUGCGCACAUAGUGCAGUCGCACUUGUGAUGUAUGCGCAUUAUAGUGUCAAGAGGAAAAGCAUUUUCCCGGAAAGGUAGAAAGAAUUUUUCAGUUCACAAUAGUUUUCCCGCUGUGGAGAGAAUAAAAACGAAGAAAUACAGCAAGAAGAAUUCAACAGAGCUCAAGUGGCGCUGCACGGAUGCCAUUCCGGCGAGAAAGAGAGAGAGAGAGAGAGUCAAGUUAGGGCAGCAAAGAAAAGCCGGGAAAAUUGGAAAAUUGUUUUCGUUUGAAUUUUCUCUCCCCCACCAGCGCUAUAACUGCUCUCGGAAGCACGCUGUGCCGAUUUGAAACAAAAGCACCGACAAAAGUGAAAGAAGAAUAGAAAAAAAACCUCGGUGAAACGGUGGCGGAAAGGAGUAAUUUUUAAUUUCCCGCGUUUUCCCGGGGAGAGCUUUUCCGCGUGACUUGUGGUGGCGAGGCGCAGCCGGUGACGAUUUUCUGGAACCAGUUUCGGUCAAUCAUUGGACCCCUUGGCGGACGACGAAAAAGUGUUGUUGCUGGCUGGUGCUGGUGAUUCGUGAUUCGUAAUUCAAUUAAAAAUAGGAAAAAUGAAUAGACAGCGCGAGGUGGAUGGAAACCUGGGGUAAAACGUAUCCGGGGUUCAAAUUUUGAAUUAUCUUGGCACAGAUAACACCACCCGCUGAUAAGAUAGCGCAUCGAGAGAGAGAGAGAGAGAGAAAAAAAGAAAACAGUGAAAAACGAGUAUAUUUUGUGAUAAAUAUUCAACUAGUGGCACUUUGGCUCGCAGCUGUAACAGUGCAAACCGAGCGCGAAAAUAUAAUCGAGCGAAGUGAGCAAACGAGAAGAAUAUUUGCCUUUGGCAACCAACUGUGAGAGAUUUUUUUUUCGGAGUCCAGCAGCAGUGGUGAGUGAGUGGUGAAGAAGAUUCACUUUGACAGCAUCCACACCGGUAGCGGAAUUCGUGCGACAAAUUGAGAGGAAGCUGAAAAAGAAGAAGAAGAUUUUUUUUUGAAAACAUUUAACGUAGACGAAGCCGAAACUUAUUGUGACAAGUGUGCUUCCGGUUUCUUGACAGCAGAGCCGGGGCUAGACAGCGACGAACGACAAAUCCGGUUCCGGGGACUGAAAGGCAGCAGCUAAAACGACGUCCUACGGUCCAAUCCAUCAAUCCAUCCGGUAAUACACAUAUCUUGAUGAAAUAUAUAAACAUAGUAAUAUUGCUGGAAGAAAAACCCUCCUUCAACCACUCACCACAUCGAAGCCGUAAACCACCACAACCCAUCUGAGUGAGUGAGGGGGAGCAAAAAAAGAGCCUGGCAUUACGAUAAGCCGAUUCUCCUCGACGUCGUCGUUGGAGGAGGUAGAGCAAGACAAAAUCGACAAAAAGCGCGCAAUAUUUCAACCAAAUCAAUCAGCAACAGCUGCGCCAUCUGAACGAUACAAAACCUUACAGUGCAGAUAACUGGUUUGCUCUCUCGAGUGCAUCACAAAAAAAUCUGGAAUUCCCAGCAUUUUGCACACGAUGACGAUGCCAAAUGCGAUUACACAAAAAACGACAACCGGGACGCCGGUCUAGAACCCACAACAUCAUCUUCAUCAACGACUCACCGCCGAGGAGUGUCUACAAGACUAAGGUCGUUGAGUUACACCCCGAGUCUAGCGUCUAGCGUCAAGUACCAACAGAGAGUAGGACUCGUCGACUUUUGUUUUCCGACAGCACAACAAUAGCGAGCGCAAAACGUCAAGUGCUUUUUGCUCCCCACCAACAGACAAUCGUCUUUUGCGGGCAACCUCAGCGUCCGGGCUAGUCAGGACGAACGCUUUUUCCGCUCCGUCUGUCGAACAACCAGAUAAUGAUGCCAUAAUUUAAUCAAGAAGCGCUCGCUCUCUCUCCCUCUGCAUGGGUGGGUGAUGCCAUCGACAACGACGACAUCACCGAACUGUUUGGGACCGGCACCUAUCAGAGCAGAAGGAGGGGAGGAGGAGCCUCCCUCGGCCCCACCUCACGACAAACGAUAAUAGGGAAAGAUUUUCGCAAUCGAAUAAAAACGUGCCACGGCGAUGUGGAGUUCGGGAGCGCUCUCCCUCGACAUGGUCGACAGUCGGAAACGGCACACGUGAACCCUCUUGAAACGGGAGUCCUCCAACUCCGGGAACGGGCAGAUUGUGUAAUAUCGUGAGUGAGGAAAGGAAAAAUCGUGCCACUUGCAAAUUGAAUAAAUAUCCAAUGAAAGAAGCUGCAAGAAGUCCUCGGCUACCGGUUGUACUUGUUCAGCGACUCUUCAGGUACUUGUCGUCUAGGGAAGAGAAAUCAUAUCGUCAUAAGAAUCACGAGAGCACAAGCGGAUAAAAUUAUUUCUUAUUGGAUUCCGGUUCGGGCCAAUUGACGGAACGUAACCUCUAGAGCAGAAGGGGAAUGGGGCCGCGUCCGGGCCUCUAAUCCGGUUGACCCAGUCUUUAUGUAUGGAUUCAACAGUGCUGCCACUGUUGUCGAACUUGAUAGCACCAGCGGCAGCGGAAAUUACGGUCGUUUCAGCAGCAGUGGCGGCACAAGCCACGGCCGCAGCCAUUUUCACCAACUCUUCGUCACCGUCGUCCGGUUUCCUCGAGUACCUGCGGAACGAUAACAGUAGCAGCACCCUAGCGGCACUGCCCGAUAUAACCAGCAGUAGUAGUUUAAUCAGUAGCAGCUCCACCACUCUCGUUCCGCCGUUCUUCACAAGCUCUCUAGUCAACGGCAGCGGUUCGGGGUCGGAGCUAGAUCCCAGCGGCAGCGGCAACAAUGUGCUUACCUUCCAGACAAUCAUCAUCAGUGUGACCCUGCUUGCGGUGAUCCUCGGUACGAUCAUCGGAAAUGUGCUAGUAUGUGUUGCGGUAUGCCUGGUACGGAAGUUGCGACGACCCUGCAACUACCUGCUUGUUUCGCUCGCCAUCUCUGAUCUCUGCGUGGCCGUCCUGGUGAUGCCACCGGCCCUCAUGUACGAGGUACUCGAAGAAUGGAAGUUCGGCACGGUAUUCUGCGACAUCUGGGUAUCGUUCGAUGUGCUCUCCUGCACUGCUUCAAUCUUGAACCUGUGUGCCAUCUCAGUUGACCGGUACUGGGCGAUCACGAAACCGCUCGAGUACGGCGUUAAACGCACCCCGCGUCGCAUGAUCGGCUGCAUCGUGCUAGUCUGGCUCGUCGCAGCCUGCAUAUCGCUCCCACCACUUUUAAUCUUAGGCAACGAACACAUGACCAACGGCCAGCCGUCCUGCUCGGUAUGCCAGAACUUUUUCUACCAAAUCUAUGCCACCCUCGGCUCCUUCUACAUCCCGCUCGCCGUAAUGCUGUUCGUGUACUACCAAAUCUUCCGCGCCGCCCGCCGAAUCGUCAACGAGGAAAGGCGCGCCCAAAAACGUCUCGAGUCCGCCAUCAACGGCAGCGUCGGCACUCCCGAAAAAAAGAUCGGCCCCGGCGGAACCGUCCUCGUUGCCACUCCCCAGCACAAACGGCUCCGCUUCCAGCUGGCCAAGGAGCGCAAAGCCUCCACCACCCUCGGCAUCAUCAUGUCCGCGUUCACCAUCUGCUGGCUGCCCUUCUUCAUCCUGGCCCUCGUUCGACCCUUCCUCGGCGAAGACCACCGAACCCUGUCCUCGCUCUUUCUCUGGCUCGGUUACGCCAACUCCCUUCUGAACCCCAUCAUCUACGCAACGCUGAACCGCGACUUCCGGAAACCGUUCCAGGAGAUCCUCUUCUUUCGCUGUUCCAACUUGAACAACAUGAUGCGGGAGGACUUUUACCACAGCCAGUACGGUGAUCCGGGCUCGCAGAGGUUGGUCAUCACCAACGACGGAGGAGCGCGGGAAAGCUUCCUGUGAGAGAAGCGGUAGAGUGUGUAGCUUGUACUGUACCGUAGGUAUAGAAUUAGUAUAGAAACUAUUGCCGACGGUAUCCGACGGCUUCGACAUGAUGUUUAGCGUGUAAGUUCGGUGUGUUAUAAGUAUAUUUUGGAGUUGGAGUUUACUGAACGGAUCGUUGAGUGAUAAGAAUUUUGUCUAUUAGUUUCUUACUUAACACUGAAAUCCCAAGCCUACAAAUUAGUUGGACUGGCAACUUCAACUUGUUCAAGCAAAACCAGUCAGGACGCAACUUGAGACAGGGUUUUUUUUUCGACCACCUUGAGACAGGGUUGCCAGAGCUUCAAAUUUAUAGACUCAAUUAGAAAUUGGAUUGAUCAGGACGAAGAUAU